AUUGUUUAGGGUUUGGACUGCUUUCUAAUUCAUUAAUAAUUCUUUUCUUUUAAAACGGCAAACACUACACCACCACCGACUCAGUCGCUCCGAGGAUAAUUCAGUAGGAGUACUGUGUGUACGUACGAAUAGGAAGAGUUUUGAAAAGGAAUGCGAAUGGUAUGAGCUAGCACUUUGCAUAUCUCCUCCGCCAUGGCCGUAUCUCCUUCCAACAUGGCCACCAUUCCCUUCAAACCGCGUCACCAAAACCACCUCCUCCUUCAGUCUCAGCCGCCGCUGCCACCCUUUUGCCAAAAAUCUCCCCUCGGAUUCUCACAGGAAUCGCACCUACGCAGAAGAAGUAGAAGAAGUUCGCAUGCAAUCUUACAAGCCUCGUCCAAGACCAGCGACCUAUCCUUACCUUCCACGGCGUCUCUAGCCGAUCAUCUGGAGAUCGAGAAGGAAAAGAAAUCCGACGAGCCACGAUUAGCCGACUGCUGGAGAGAGAUCCACGGCGAAGGCGAUUGGGUCGGGAUGCUCGAUCCGUGUCACCCCGCUCUUCGAUCGGAGCUCAUCCGCUACGGCGAGAUGGCGCAAGCCUGCUACGACGCCUUCGACUACGAGCCGUUCUCUAAGUACUGCGGUAGCUGCCGGUUCAGUCGCCUCGAUUUCUUCAAGCUCCUCGGAAUGGAGGAUGCCGGCUACGAGGUCACGCGAUACCUCUACGCUACAUCCAACAUCAACUUACCGAACUUCUUCAAGAAAUCGCGGUGGCCUAAGGUGUGGAGCAAGAACGCCAACUGGAUCGGCUACGUAGCCGUGUCGAACGAGGAAACUUCGAGGCGGUUGGGCCGCCGUGACAUCGCCGUCGCCUGGCGGGGCACGGUGACGCGGCUCGAGUGGAUCGCCGACUUGAUGGACUUCCUGAAACCGGUUUCCUCCAACAAGAUCCCCUGCCCCGACCCGACCGUCAAGGUUGAGUCGGGCUUUCUCGAUCUCUACACCGACCGAAACGAGGAAUGCCGAUUCUGCAAGUACUCAGCCCGAGAACAGAUCUUAACGGAGAUAAGGAGAUUGAUCGAAAUGUAUCCAGAUGAAGAUCUGAGCAUUACGAUGACCGGCCAUAGUUUGGGAAGCGCGUUGGCGAUAUUGAGCGGGUACGAUAUCGUUGAAGCGGCAGUGAAUGUGAUGGGAGAUGGUCGGGUCGCACCCGUUUGCGUGUUCUCGUAUUCGGGGCCUCGGGUAGGGAACGUGAGAUUUAAGGAGCGGGUUGAGCUGCUAGAGCUGAAGGUGCUGAGAGUGGUGAAUGUUCACGACGUGGUGCCGAAGUCGCCGGGAUUCAUUUUCAACGAGGCGGCGCCGCCGGUGCUGAUGAAGGUGGCGAGGGGGCUGCCGUGGAGCUACUCCCACGUCGGGGUGGAGCUGGCGCUGGACCACCAGCACUCGCCGUUUCUGAAGCCCGCCGGCGACCUGGCUUGCGCCCACAAUUUGGAGGCUCUCCUGCAUUUGCUCGAUGGGUACCACGGGAAAGGGCGUAGAUUUGCUCUGGCAAGUGGGCGGGACCCAGCCCUGGUAAACAAGGCCUGUGAUUUUCUCAAGGAUCACUACAUGGUCCCACCAAACUGGAGGCAAGAUCAUAACAAGGGUAUGAUCAGGGACCCAGAUGGCCGUUGGAUCCAGCCUGAACGGCCCAGGAUCGAGGACCACCCUGAUGACAUGCCGCAGCAUCUCACCCAAUUGGGCUUCCUUCACAACACCAAUCCAUAGCCAGAGUGUACAACAUGACACUAUGAAAAUUCCAUGUGCUUGUAUAAUUUCAACAAUAAAUGGAUUUUGGCUUCUAAGAAGAAUGAUUGAUUAUUUCUUUUUGCUUCA